ACUUCUCAAGAUGUAGUUCACAUGCAGUUUACAAGCUGGCCGGAUUAUGGUGUUCCUUAUUCUGCUUUAGCAAUGCUCGAUUUCCGUGAUAAAGUACGGCUGAAACAAGCUGAAGCAGUAGCUGCUAUCGGAGAGCAUUGGCAAGGCCACCCAUUAGGCCCUCCCAUAGUUGUACAUUGUAGUGCUGGAAUUGGUCGAACAGGAACUUUUAUAACUUUGGAUAUCUGUAUCAACAGAUUAGAAGCUACUGGCCUCAUAGAUAUUGUAAAAACUGUUGAAAGAAUCCGAGCCCAGCGAGCAUAUAGUAUUCAAAUGCCAGAUCAGUAUGUAUUUUGUCAUUUGGCAUUAUUAGAGUAUGCUUUAAGUCGGGGUCUCUUAGAAGAUGUGGAUCUUUCUGGCUUCAGUGAUGAUGAUUCUGAAUCUGAGUAAUGCUGUAAGAAAAAUUCAUUCCGUCUGACCAUAGUAAUAUCAUCAUUUUUAUGUGAUUUUUCAUUAUUCUAUCUGUUUUCUAAACAAUGCC